CUAUAUACUCCCCUCCAUCGCCGGCUACCUGCUUCAUCGGUCGGCGCGAGAUCCAUCGACCGCAUUCCCGUCAGCGAGCUAGCUCGGCAUCCGCACCGCGCCAACAGCAUGGCCGCGCCGCCGCUGCUCCGGCAAUGGCGCCGCAUCGCCGUGCUCGCCGCCGUCCUCGCGCUCCACCUCGGCGCCGCCGUGGCGCAGUCGCCAACGACGCCUGCUGCACCCACGACCCCGGCUGCGCCCACGACACCGGCAGCGCCAACGACACCAGCCGCACCGACGACUCCUGCGACGCCGACGACACCUGCUGCACCGACGACACCGGCUGCGCCCACGACACCUGCUGCACCGACGACACCAGCUGCACCGACGACACCGGCAGCGCCGACGACUCCUGCUGCGCCGACGACACCUGCUGCACCGACGACACCGGCAGCGCUCGCGCCCACGGCCACCCCCGCGGCGCCAGCCAACUCGCCGCCGACCCCAGCGACCCCCGCGCCGGCCGCCACCCCGGUCCCGCCGUCAAAGCCGCCGCCGGCCGCGCCCGCGGUCGCGCCGGCCAAGCCCCCGCCGGUGACGCCUCCCCCUGUCGUGACGCCACCUCCCUCCACGCCGCCGCCGGCCACGCCGCCCGCGGUGCUCCCGCCCGCCGCGGCGCCUCCGCCGACGGCCACGCCCCCGGCCGAGGCUCCCGCGACGCUGCCCCCCGCGACGCCCGCGCCCGUGGCCGAGUCGCCCGCAACGCUGCCGCCGGCCGAGGCGCCAUCCAAGGGCAAGAACAAGCACAAGAGGAGGAGGAAGCAGCACGGCAAGAAGGAGGCCCCCGCGGAGGCGCCGCAGCCGCUGAGCCCGCCGGCGCCCGCCGCGCCGUCGCCCGCUGAUCUCGAGGACGUGUCCGGCCCCGCGCCGUCGGCGUUCGACGUGAACGCGAGCAGCCGGCAGCACCAGCACUGGGGCGUCGCCGUCCUGCAGACCGCCAUGGCUGCUCUUUUGCUAUCGCUAGCGUGGUAAAUCCAACAGAGAGAUCCAUAUAUACAUAUAUCAGUGUACCAGAUCAUGAUUUAAUUAUUUCCGCUGUUGCUGUUCUUGUUGUACCAUCAUAGACCGGUGAGAUUACCCGCGGGAUCUGUCAUAGGAACCAUUGGAUUGUGGCUUGUGAUAAUUUUGACAUGCUUUUGUACCCAUUUUUUCGUUUAUCUUGGAAUAAAAGGCUCACAUUUGGUCAGACAAAA